ACAAAACGAUUAACAAUACAGGUCAGUACACGUACUGAGGCCUGAUAAAGGAAACACCAAAUAACGACGUACGGCAUUUCGAAAUCGCUUGGUAUCGUACCAAUAAACUAGGCUUAGCCCGACCACUCGGAUUUUACAGAUAAGCGUCAGUACCCGAAAACAAAACAGGACAUCGUGCUGGUAUUAAAUUAAUGCUAGAAGUAGUUUUUUCGUGGAAAGUGAGCACCUGAGAAGCCGACAACAGUGUUUGAAGGUGGACUAAGUCACUAAGCAAUAUACAAGAUGGCAGGUCAUCUGAAAGAUUUGAAGUUACUUCCGUUUUACGUCACUACCGGCCUCUUCUUCUGGUUCGCACAACCUCUGACCGAGCAUCCAGAAGAAACCGUGACUUCCGCCAUCCUCAAAGUGUUACCUAUUUGGUCGUUAGCGUUCUAUGUGUACACGAAACAUCUAGCCAGCGGUAAGAACGAAAGUCCUUACCCUUCGGCAUUCUUCGUUGGCCUCCUGCUGUCCAGUAUUGGAGACAUUCUGAUAGUCUGGCACGAGACUCUGUUCGACCUCGGAGUGGCGGUGUUUGCUGCCGCGCAUGCGUUCUAUCUGAUCGGGAUCCUGUCGAGAUACAAAGGUGGAGCUAGUUCAACGAAGCUGAUGUACAACUUGGUUAUUCUAUCAUUCCUCUUGUUCGUUGUGGGCGACAUAGAGACACGCGUGGACAAGGUGAUGUGCGUCGUGUAUUUUUCUUUCCUGGGAUACAUAGCCUGGCUGACCUCGGCACACGACGAGAACGAAAAGUCCACGUCUUCCUUCUAUGCGCGGCUGGGAAUGUGCAUCUUUCUAUUGUCGGAUUUCGUCAUCACGACAAACAGAGUGAUGACGUCACUGCCGUGCUGCGAGUUCUUCGUCAUGGUGACGUACUAUGCUGCUCAGUGCUGCCUCGCGCUCAGCACGGUACAAUAACAGCGAUGUCCAGACCUAUUUGAAGACGCUCGACAAGAGCGGAUCCUAUGGAGGGGACCAAGGGAUCUUUUUUUUUUUAAACAAUUGGUUUAUGAUUUUUAUCACAUUCUGUGUAGACUCCAUGUGCUUUUUCCCCUUGGUUCUCUCCCUAAAAUAUUCCCUUGCUUUAAACCAGUCGUCAGUAUGUACACAAUCACUAAUACGUUAUUGUUAUUAUUAUUAAUUUUUUUUUUUUUUUUAAUUUGUUGGUACAAAUUACUUACUACCAUUUGAGGUGAUUUGGUCGAACGAUUGAAUCCUCUCGAUGUAUCCAGUAGCUGUAGGGUUUUCCCCAUCACAACCAGGGCCCUGGUAUAUGAAAGGUCGUGGUAUGUGUUGUCCUGUCUUUGAGAAAGUGCAUAUAAAAGGACCCUUGCUGCUGAUGGAAAUAAUGUGGGCUUCCUCUGAAAACUAUGUGUCACAGUUACCAAAAUUUUAAUGUUUGACAUCCAAUAAUUACAGAUGUGUUCUAGUGGUGUCGUUAAACAAAACAAACUUCAAACGACUUUAAUCAAUUAUAGUUGAUUAUCAAUACAAAUUUGAGGACUGAUAACAAGAACAGUUUAUGUCCAUUCACGGAGGGGGUGGGGUGGGGGUGGAUGGGGUGAAAUCAGAGCUGGAUGUAGCGCUCGCCUGAGGUGUUUGCGUCGCAACAUCGAACCAAUUGGGGUUUUCU